AUGCUUGAAACGUGGCCUAUUCGUCAUGGGAUAAUCGAGGAUUGGGAUCUGAUGCAACGCUUUAUGGAACAGGUGAUCUAUAAAGUACUCCGCGCAGAACCUGAAGAUCACUAUUUUCUUCUGACAGAACCACCAUUGAAUCCGCCGGAAAAUCGGGAGUACACAGCCGAGAUCAUGUUUGAGACAUUCAAUGUCCCAGGUCUAUACAUAGCUGUUCAGGCCGUACUGGCACUAGCUGCCCCAUGGUCCAGUUGUUCGAAAGAAGAACGUGUACUUACCGGGACCGUUGUUGAUUCCGGCGAUGGAGUAACUCACGUGAUACCGGUUGUUGAAGGCUAUGUCGUGGGUUCCUGUAUCAAACAUAUCCCCAUCGCUGGCCGAGAUAUUACCACAUUUAUCCAGUACUUGCUUCGUGAACGGGAGACUAACAUUCCGCCGGAAAUGAGCAUGGAAGUGGCCAAGCAGAUCAAAGAACGUUACUCGUACGUAUGUCCGGAUCUACCCAAGGAGUUUGCCAAAUACGAUUCCCAACCAGACAAAUGGAUCAGACCACAUGUUGUGCCCAAAACAGCCAAAUAUCCCGAAUUCACAGUUGAUGUCGGAUAUGAACGAUUUUUGGGACCGGAAAUAUUUUUCCAGCCCGAGUUCGUUAAUCCGGAUUUCACCACCUCGUUGAGCGAUGUGAUCGAGGAGGUGAUUCAAAGCUCUCCUAUUGAUGCUCGACGUGGUCUGUACGGGAACAUUGUCCUGUCCGGGGGUAGUUCGAUGUUUAAACACCUGUCCCGGCGUCUUCAACGGGAUAUGAAACAGAUUGUGGAUAAUCGAUUGCGUAUCGCUGAAGAGAUCACCGGUGGUCGAAUCAAGGUUCGUUUCAUUCGUCCGUUGCCACACCUCCACAUUCUACUGAUCAAUAAAGCUCUACUCUUUGGGUCCGAGCGUUUCAACCGUCCGUGA